AUGUCAUCCAUUCACGCCUACCUCCCCGCCCUCAAAGGCAUAGCAAUCGCUGGCAGUCUCAUCAACGGCGGUACCAUGACAUCCGGGUACCGCCUUCUACCUGCAGUCUACCCAGCAGUGCAAAAGUCGCCCAAGGAUGCCGCAAAGCAGUGGGAGUACUUUUACUGGUCCAUGUCUGCCACGGUCCCGUGGGUUGACUUGGCUACCUUCAUCGUCAUUGGCACCCUUGCCUACGCCGAACACAAGGAGAACAGAGCUGGACUGCCUUGGAAGAUCUGGGCUACGGCGGCGGGAAUUAUGCCAAUUGGCUGGGUCUGGGUGAGAAAGGUGAUGCUGGGGCCAUCGAACCAGUUGCUGGCGAUUGCCAAUCCAACUCUUGGCGACACGGAGCCUUUGAGGAACAGCUCGCAGAAAACGCUGGACCUCUUGCAAGAGUUCAAUGCGCAGAUGAGCUUUAGGAUGAUGUUUCCAUGGGUCGUUGGUGGGCUUGCUCUAUGGGCUACUUUGGGUUUUUAA